GAGACGGAAGGUAAGGGUUUAAAAAAAAAAAAAAUUACGUCAGCGCUUGCCCUCCCCAAAGAUGGCCACGCAGUCGCCGACCGUAGCGGAUCUCCGGGCGGCGCUCUGAGAACAAAAGGGUGGAGCUCCGGGAUCCGCCCUGCAACCCCCGGAAGCAAGGGCGGGAACUUCCGGGGUCGGGGCCUGGCGGAGGCGAAGUCACGAUGUCGUGGCUGAGGGCGGCGUGCGCAAGAGCCGGGCAGGGUGGGGGCGCCGAUGCGGAUGUGUUUGACGACGAGGCCGACGAGACGCUGCCAGCGCAGCAAGAGUGGAAGAACCGCGUGGAGCGGCGCGUGCGGGAAGGAUAUAGAGAUGGUGUGGAUGCUGGGAAAGCAGCUGUCCUUCAGCAGGGCUUCAAUCAAGGAUACAAGGAGGGAGCUGAGGUCAUUAUCAGCUAUGGCCAGCUCAGAGGAACACUAAGCGCUCUGCUCUCCUGGUGUCACCUUCAGGACAACGAUUCCCCUUGGAUCGUUCCCAUAAACCACCUUCUGGAUGCUGUCGGCCAGUGUGAAGAGUCUGUGCUCCAGCACCUGACUUCUGUCCCUCCCCAGCCCCACGUGGGAGGCUUAUUGGACUCCAUUCAAGACAUGGACCUCGGACCCUCGGGCCCAGCUCAUGAAGGUGAAGGCGAAAGACUUGGUAGGCCUGAGGCCGAGCUGAACAAAAACUGCCUGCAGAAGGAUGAUGGGACCAGUUGUUCCCAUUCUACAGAUUGUAGCACACAGAGCAGAGCACUUUUUGCAAAGCCGAGCUUCUCUUGGAUUUUAGAACAAACCUCCAGCAUAGUGGAGCAGCUGGGGUUGUCUGUGGACAUCCUACAGAACAUCAAGCAGCCAGGGAACUAGCUUCUCUUUUUGACCAAAUAAUCUUUUAAAAUCCAUUUUAUAGAAUUUAUUUUAUCAGCAGCGGGACCAAAAUAUUUAUUGAAUUCUCCUUUAUUCUCCUAAGUGUUACAAGUGUGCUUGCAGAUGAAGUCAUGUUUAAGAUUCAUUUAAACUGGAUUGGGAAGAAGCCUUUUUGGCCACGUCAAGGCUCUUCCUGCCAACUUUGCACCCAUCUGCUCUCUUGCUCCUUUAUCUUAUGAAUGAGGAAUCGAAAAAAAUUCUG